GGAGAGAUUGAUGAGAGUAGAGGAUCUGAUCGAUAAAAUGCAAACCUUACAAAAGAUGAGCGAGGAAGAUAGGGAGGAAUUUCGAAAAAUAUUACAAGCUCUUGAUGAAGAUAGCGAUGGUGUAUUAGAUGCUAAUCUCGUCCUACACGCACUCGCUUUGUUCGGAAGUCAUAAAGAACUUCGUUUAACUGCAGAACAGAUCAAGACAAUUGUAGAAAUGCUAAAGAAAGAGGAACAUAUUGAGGCAGUGAAAGCAUUCCUAGCGGGAACUGUACCUUAUCCUCCUCCUUCAUCACAUUCUUCAUCAGCCACUCCUCCUGACCUAGAACUUUCGAUAGAUCCGGCAAAGGUUAUCAAGCAAAAGCUUUCGGUUGAUUCGACAAAGAUUAGCAGUGAAACUCUUACAAACCAGACACUUAGUAAAUUGCCGACAGACAUAAAACAAAAAAAGUAA